AUGCCUGUAGCAAGUAGCCCCCUCCAGAUGGCUACUCACAUACGCAGCGGCACAGUCGGAGUGCCUCACAGAACGGUACGGGACCAAAGAGUCGCCCGAAAGACUAAGGCGGAACGCCCACAUGCCAACGUCAGAACCCCUCGCUCUGUAUGUAGCGAGAUCUGUCCUACCGGAUCUCGGAAAUCACUACAGAAUGGUAACCUCUCGUGUUGCUUCGAAUGUGCUCUUUGUUCAGACGGAGAAAUAUCAAACAUUACAGAUAUGGACAAUUGUGUGAAAUGCCCUGAUGGCCACUGGCCAAAUCUAAAUAAAGAUAUGUGCAUCAGAAACACUAUAGACUUCCUCUCUCUUGAGGAUCCCUUAGGAUCAGCAUUCGCAGCUAUUGCUAUAUUGUUCUCUUUAAUUACUAAUAUAGUCUUUCUGGUGUUUGUGAGAAACAGAACCACUCCAAUAGUGAAAGCCAAUAAUCUUAACCUCAGCUACAUCCUUCUUGUUUCACUGGAGAUGUCCUUCCUGUGCUCUUUAUUUUUCAUUGGUCAUCCAGAAAAUGUUACCUGUAUUAUAAGACAAGCAGCAUUUGGUUUCACCUUCACUGUUGCAAUUGCAUCUGUUCUUGCCAAAACAUUGACAGUUGUAUUAGCCUUUAAUGCAACAAAACCUGGCAACAAGUUAAACAAGUGGAUGGGAUGUAGAAUGUCACUUGGACUGAUUAUUGCAUGUUCUCUUGGGGAACUUGUGAUAGAUGUCACUUGGGUGGUAUAUUCCCCACCAUUCAUGGAAUUUGAAACAAAGACAAUACCUGGAAAAACAAUUGUGCAGUGUAAUGAGGGAUCAAUGUUGGCAUUUUACCUUGUUAUUUCAUACAUUGGCGUGUUAGCCUUAAUAACCCUAAUUGUUGCUUUUAUAGCCAGGAAACUACCAGAUAGCUUCAAUGAGUCUCAGUAUAUUUCCUUUAGUAUGCUUGUAGUCUGCAGUGUCUGGGUCUCAUUUAUCCCAACCUAUUUGAGCACCAAAGGCAAGUACAUGGUGGCUAUGGAAAUAUUUACAAUCCUGGCUUCCACAGGAGGCUUAUUGGGCUGCAUAUAUUUUCCAAAAUACUACAUUAUAAUAUUAAAGCCUGAACUUAACUGUCUCAAAAAGUUUAAAUAU